CCUGGAGUCACAGAGGACAGAGCACACCCCGAGUAGCCAGUCCUUUCUUCAGAACUUGAGAAAAUGACCAAGGACCAGGGAUUGUUAUCAUUCGAGGAUGUGGCCGUGGGCUUCACAUGGGAGGAGUGGCAGUUACUGGAUCUGUCUCAGAAGGACCUGUACAGGGACGUAAUGUUGGAGAACUACAACAACCUAGUGUCUGUAGGAUAUGAAGCUACCAACCCAGAUCCUCUCUUCUGGCUGGAGCAAAGAGGACCAGCAUGGAUAGCAGGGGGGAUAGCCCGUAGUCCAACCUGUCCAGGUUUUAUUAACCAGAAUAGAAGAUAUGCAGGAAAGGAUUCUAAUGAGUUUAUUGGUGAUGGGAAGUCAUUUCUCUACCUCCAGCAUGAUAAAACUCCUCCUGGAAUGAAAUGCCAUGGACGUGUUAAACCCAAUAGCACUAAGUCACAGCUCAGUGACUAUCAAAAAACUUACCGAGGAGAGAAAGCACAUGCAUGCAGUGAGUGCGGGAAAGCUUCCUCCAAGAAGGCACAGCUCAUGAGACAUCAGAGAACAGAAAGAGGAGAGAAGCCCCAUGGGUGCGGUGAAUGUGGGAAGACAUUCAGGAGGAAGAUUCAGCUCACUGAACAUCAGAGAACUCACACAGGAGAGAAACCCCAUGAAUGUAAUGAGUGUGGAAAAGCCUUUUCCAGAAAGUCACAGCUUGUGGUACAUCAGAGAACUCAUACAGGGGAGAAGCCCUACCGAUGCAGUGAAUGUGGGAAAGCCUUCAGCCGGAAGUGCCUGCUCAGGAGACAUCAGCGGUCUCACACUGGGGAGAAACUCUAUGGAUGCAGCGUGUGGAGGAAAGCCUUUGCCCAGAAGGCGUACCUCAUUGCCCAUCAGAGACUUCACACAGGAGAGAAGCCUUAUAAAUGCAGUGAAUGUGGAAGAACCUUCUUUUUUAAGUCAGACCUGACCAAGCAUCAGAGAAUUCACACAGGAGAGAAGCCUUAUGAAUGCGGUCAGUGUGAAAAAGCCUUCAGAAGCAAGUCAAAGCUUAUUCAGCAUCAGCGAACUCAUACUGGAGAGAGACCGUAUGCAUGUCAUGAAUGUGGCAAAACCUUUGCCCACAUGUCGGUCCUCAUUAAACAUAAGAAAACUCAUACAAGAGAGAAAGCUGUAAGUUCACUGACAGUGGAGAGAGCGUCCUCAGGGAGUCAUAGCUCUUUAUACAGGAGUGAACUCUCUCAGGAGUAAAGUUCUAUGAACACAGUACCUGUGGAAGUGUCUUCUUCAGGAAGUCAGCCCUUAUUAAACAUCAGUGAACUUUUAGGGGAUAGAAAAGUGGUGAUUGUGAAACAGCCUUUUCCAGGAAGUCAAGCCUUAGUAGGUAAUCAGGAAUUUGCACAGGGAUUAAGCCUUGCAAAUGCAGUGAGUGUGACAACACCUCCAGUAAUAAAGUAUGUCUUAUAUGUUACAGAUAUCGUGUAG